CGCGCUCUCGAACAAUGGUUGUUGUUGUUGCCGCUGCCGACGUCGUUGAAAACAGCAGCAGCAGCAGCGGGAGCGUUAGCGGGAUUGGGGACAGCAGUGGCGGUAUCGUGAGCGGUAACGCUGAGCUUCAACCAUUUGGUGGCGGUACACCACAAGCAACGGCAGUCAAUAACAAUCAUAGUGAUAAGAACACUACUACGACCACAACAACCACAACCACAACAACAACAACAACAAAAACAACGACUGGUCAGGAGGAGCGGGAGGUGGAGGAGGAGGAGCGACUGCAUCAUCCAAAGGAUACUCAAAAGGAUAAUCAUCAGGAGUUGGAGAACAACAAUUGCAGCAACAACUCGAGCAACAUUGCCAACAACAACAACAACAACAUCAUGACGGAUGCGGCCAAGGGAACAGCGGCGACAACCACAGGCACGACGGGAUCAUCGGAGGCGGCGGCCAUGCCCACCAAGAGCGCCGUCAGCCAGCGGAACGUGGACAUCAAGAUCGAGAAGAGCAGCAACAUGGAGGCGGCCACCCAGCAGCUGACCAAGAAGGUCCUUAAACUGGAUCUGGGCGGCAAGAAUCUGGACGAAUACUCGCUCAAGUCGCCCAAAUCUCCCAUAGCUGCACGUUUGCCGCAUCAAACAUCGCUGACGUCGUCGGUGGACGUGGAGGACCGGAAGACAUUACGAGAGGCCUUAUACCAGGGUAUAUUCCAUCGCCAUCGCCGCACCAUCUUCGCCGUGGGCAGCUUCCUGCGGAUGCUGCGCAGCCGCAAUUCGCAAUACAACACGAUACGCAGCUCGUCGGAGGGCGAGGACAUCGAUGAGCAGCAGCAGCAGCAACAGCAGCAACAGCAGCAAGAGCAGCAGCAGUCGAAACAGUUGAAGCACCAUCAGCCGGAGCUGGAACAGUCACAUGAACAUCUCCAGCCGCCCGGGCAAGAUGUUACGACCACAUCCACAUCCAGAUCCACAUCCACAUCGACAUCCACGACACCACCACUACCACCAACCGGACAGCAGCGAGCGUUGGACUCGAUUUAGAUGGCCUUGCUGCUUGAGUUGAAUUUUGGAUUUAUUUAUUAGCCCAUACUACAUUCGCGUAUUAUUAACUGCUAUUUUACGAUUUACGAAUUACAAAUUACGAUUUACGAAUUACGAUUAUUGUUAAACAUCGUGCAACCAUGAGACUAGCCACCCGUUGUGUUAGCAUGUAGUGAGCCAUAUUAGUUCCGUAGCUAGUACUAUUGUUGGCGGACCGUGUGACCUGCUGACUCCAUUACCCAAGAAACAAAACCAAAAAUCCCGAGAAUCCGCUGCAACACAUCUCGUUCGUUCAUUCUUUGAGCAGAUCGCCUUAUCUUAACUGCGACCCACUUAAGCUAAAUUUAAACAAAACUAAACUAAACAAAACUAAACUAAUAACUGAAUGUGAACCCAAGCUGAACUUGAAACUCUUACUUACGUACAUGCUAUGUAUAAAAAACAAAAAAAGACAACUUAAUUGUAUUUAACUCGCAUUGUUUCAGCGCCCAGCUCUCAGUAUUUAUGUAAAAAAAACCGCCCCAUUUGUCCGUCUGUUUGAGUCACUGAUAAUAAACUGCCCAAAAUGAGUUAGUCCCAUCAGUCAACUAGAAAUUACCAUUUUUCUAUUAGGUUGGAUAUAAGAAAAUCCUUGUCGAAGUGGCCGGUGCAUGUUAGAAGUGCAGUGCAAUUUACAAUAAAUUUAAACGAUUUUUUUUUUAUUUUUUUCUACAUAAAUAUUUCUUUGGAUUAGCCUUAUAGGUUUAUCCUAAAAAGUAGUGCAAUUAAAGAAAAUUAAAUUAUAAUAUUUACAGAAAUAGUACUUAAAGAUUCAAAAGAUAUAUGAAUAUAGAUUUUAAAAGGGUUUCAAAAAUAAACUUCAUCAAGUUUCCUAAUUUUUAUAUUUAAAUUAUGCCUUUAAUACUGCGCGGGCUUUUAAAAUAACCCAAAAUAAGUAAUUAAGUAUUUUCUAUCAAAGUUCUUAAUUCACUCACGCAAAUACUUACAGGGUUUCAAAGCUAAAGUACUUUCAUUAAUCAAUACCUUUGGUUUAAAAAGUACAUUCUUAUAAACCUUCUCCAAACCGCCUUAAAAAUAAAAUCAGAGUGCUGGGUAGCCAAAUAGUCGAGAGAUAAUCGACUAUAGUUUUUUUUUUUUUACUGAAUCUUCAGUUUAUUGCAUUCCGUUUUUUUGUAUGUCAUUGAAAAUGCGUUGGCAUUCGUUUUUCAUUGCAAAGGGAACAAAACUUAUAAAGCCGCACGUCGAAAAAAUGUUUUUUAAACGAUGAACAAAUUGAUAUAUUGCGCCUAGACCUAAUAUAUAUAUAUAUAUACAUAUAUAUGUAGCUACUAUAUACGAUAUAUAAACCCAUAUAUACAGAUAUAUUUGAAUGUAUAUGGCCUAGUUAUAGAACAUACACGAUUGUUGUUGUCCCCAUAGACAUGUUAUGUGAAAUUAACUCUGAUUUGCGAUCCCACACCCAGAACACACACACACACACAUCUAUUAAAUAGUGUAAUUAUAUAUUUUAGAUCAUUUUUUUUUUUUUUUCGUUCAUGGUACACACCUUACGUUUAGAACUAAUUGCAUAGUUAGCGCUUUAAGAUGACAUUUUGUACAGGACAAAAGACAAUGGAUAUCGUUGCAUGACACAAAAAGAAAAGACAACCAAUAUUUGCUAAACUGUACCGUAGUUCACUUCUUAAGACACCCCACUUACACUUACACCCGAUACUCUAUUAUUUACCCGAUUCAAUUUAGAUUGAAAGAACAAUAAAACCUAAACAAAUGCUAGUUA